AUGUAUACUUAUACUCUAGACCUUAUAAAUGAAAAAAGAGAUGGUAUCAACUUUGGAUUGUACAGUUGUGAUUGGACGUCAAUGGAUAUUCGUUUUAAAAAGUUGUUGCUUUUAGCAAUGCGAAUGAACAGUGCAACAUCACUUGAAAUCAAAGCAACGCCGAAUAAACCUAUAAACUUGAAGUUAUUUUUAAGUGUAUUACAUUCGUCAUACACUGUGGUAUCAUGUAUGCUGAACGUCAAGUUAGAAAGUUCAGCAGAUAACUAAUGUGUAAAAGCCAAGUUAUACGGUUUUUGACAACAGC